AGUUCUCUUUUCGGUUAUUAUUUCUUUCGUUGUUCUUCUUCUUCUUCUCGAUCUCUCUCUGUCGCAAACUCCCUGCCCCUCUCGAUCAUUUUCUCGCAAGGAAGCUUCUUUGAUCUGAUUCGUGCUUUCACCAUCUUAUAUUUAGAUCGCACGCGGUUGCAAAUUCUCAUUUUGGACCUGAAAGAUGGAAAUAGAAACGGAACACCAUAGAACUGUCUCUGUCGAUGAAAACGACAGCCUCGUACCAGAGCCUAGCUCAACAAAAGAAAGCCUUCUUGAAGAUAUCUCGCUUAGUGGGCAAGCUAUGAAUACAGAACUAUCGAGUGCAGGCCAAGUUCUGACCAAAGUUGAAUUGGAUUUCGCUUUUAUCUCCGAGAAGUUGGUGAAUUUAAGUCUUCUUACUAUGCAACUCGGCUCGAGGGAAAACGACUUUGAGUCCUUUGUUUCUGAGAAAGAAGAGGAACCUUCGAGUAAUGAUGAUGAUUCGGCUGAGAAGGCGUUGGAGUUUGAUCUCUUGUCUUCAAUUCUCAGUUCAGAGGUUAAAGAACUUGACUCGCUUCUUGGUUUUCUCCAGAACGAGAUUCAAAGUGCCCGUGUCAUGAUAUCUCCGUUUCAACAUGAUGGAGAAGCUAUCUCGGAUUUGGAAGGAAAGUUGCGUGAUGCUGAACAAUCUUUGGGCCAGUUAAUGGUCCAAGUGCUGGAAAUGAAGAAGCAAUCUUCUAACUUUCAGAGGCUAUCUUCUGGGUUGGAUGAACUUGGAAGCUGGUCUGGAGGGCCUGCUGCAGAAUCUCAAAACGAUGGUGAGUUUGGUGACCUGAGCAAUAAGAUUAAAAUGCAAACUGCUGAUCAGCAAAGGAACGUUUUGAGGAUGCUUGAGAAAUCUUUGGCCAAGGAGAUGGAACUUGAGAAGAAAUUAACUGAGUCAAGAAAUACUGAAUACGAACUAGAAAUGAAACUAUAUUCUUCCGAGCAGGAUGUUGUCUACAUGGAAGAAGUAAUCGAAGAUGCGUAUUCGAGGUGGCUCGAGGCUGAGAAUGCUUCCGAAGUCUUUAAGGGAAUAUCAAAGGAGCUGUCUGGAAAACUCCAGAUUCUUCAGUUCAACCUAAGCGGCUCUUUUAAGCGGGCAGAUGACUUGAAGUCUGAGCUCGUUGAUUCAAAGGAACGUUUAGAAGCUAAGGAAUGUGCCUUGCACAAACUUGAUAGCAGCAAUGCAAGACUUCAUGACUUUCUUAUCGCACAAGCAGACGGCUUAAAAGAGAGUUUGAAAGAAGCUGAGGAAAAGUUGAUUCUGUUGAGCACUGAGAAUUCCACAUUAAAUGAAAAGGUAAGCUCCCUGGAGGAUCAACUGAAUGAAUAUGGGCUUCAAACAGAAGAUGUGGAUGCUACUUCUGCUGCUCAGAUAUCAGAUGUUAAACGUAUCAACGAGGAACUGAAAGAUAAGUUAGCAAAAACCGAAGCAAGGGCUGACGAAGCGGAAUCCAAAUUCAAAACACUAGAAGAAAGCAUAAAGGAGCUUCACGGCGAGUUGGAGAAUUUCAGAUCAAAAGGCUUCACUCUGGAGAAGUUGACAUCGCUUGAGAAACGCUUGAGGGACUCAGAUUUUCAACUAGAAAGUGCAGUUGCAGCUGUUGAAGCAAGUAAAGAAAAGCAGAAUUUGUUAUACUCUACUGUUUCUGAUAUGGAGGAUGUGAUUGAGGAUCUUAAAUCAAAAGUUUUGAAGGCUGAAAACAGGGCUGACAAUACCGAAGAUAAGUUGAUCACCGUAUCUGAGUCUAAUGCAGAUCUCAACGAAGAGCUGAAAUUCUUUAGAGUUAGAUUGAAAGAUAUGGAGAAAUAUCUACAGCAAGCAGAAGAGAGAAAAACGCGAACAGCUAAAGAUAUUGCUGUACAUAACAAGAUCAUGAAAAAACUGGUCAUGCAACUAGCUGCUGAACGAGAACGCCUUCAUAAACAGAUAACUAACUUGUCAAGAGAGAACUGUGUGUUGAUGGUGAAGUUGAAGAAGAUUGGAAAACCCGGUUAUAUGGAGAGUGGAAAUGGAACUGAAGUUUCACCAAAGACUGACCAGAGUUCUCCUUUUUGUCAUCAAGAAAGUAAACCUCAAGCUACUGUCUCUUCACUAACUAAUCUAGAGGAGGAAGAAACAGAGUCAAGAUCAGAUAUCGGAAGUGUAAGGAGAUUAGAUGUUGGAGCUCUUAGUUUCAAGCACAUUCUCGUUGCAAUCUUCGUGAUCCUAACGUCAUCAAUGGCUUAUUUUAUAUCCCAACAAAACAUCUAAGAGUCUUAACUUUUUCAGAAUCUCAUGAGCUCCAGUUUUGUUUUCCUCUCUUUGUCAUAGUUUAACAACGACAGAUUAUAUUUUAGUAUUUUUUGUUUUGGCUAAUCUCGCUCAAAAACAGAAACCUGCUUUUUGUUUUUAAAUAUCUUCAU